AUGUUCGAGUUCACGAGGAGCAUCUUGUAUGAGCUGAGUUGCUACCUGGCCAUCUUUGUGCUGUUGUCUCAAGGCUUCUGCUUGUUCCUUCGACACGUGACAGAGGGAUGGGUCUUCGGCAUGGCUGGCAUGCACUACAGGGACCUGCUGCUGGUCUGCUGUUCUGUCCAGUGUCAGGUAUGGCACACCCCUGAUGAAUGGAUCAAGUCGAACAUCUCCUACUUUGCUUCUAAUUCAGACUACUACGGGCUAGCCACAGUCUCCUGCUUGUUCAAGUACGCGAUCCUGUGGAUCUUCGUCGUCCUUCUCACAAUGACGAUCCCUGAUGCUCCUUCCCCACUUCAAGACCUGGAGAUCUCCCCCAAGACCAAGAACAUUUUCGAGACCAGCCACGUCCCAAAGCGUUCGGAGAGGUCUAGGGUGCUCAAGGAGAGGUUCGAGGGGCUGCAGUCGAGGCUGGGGAGAGACAAGGACAAGGCCAAGACGAUCAAGACGGAGUGA